CUGUGGUAGGCCGCGCAAACUACCGAGGACUGCUCACAGGAUGAUCCCCAUACCCAGCAUGGACAACGACACCCAAAACUUUAACACCUAUGGUGCUUAUUUUGCACCUUUACGAUCCGUUGAUGGCACAAAAAUGUUGGUUGAAGGCCUAGAAGGAGAAGACCUGGCAGCUAUACCGGAGCACUGGAUGUCCUAUACGGCACCGCCUGCCAGUGCUCACACUGCUCUUGCAUUGCUUUACUGUUUUUUUACCGCCGCUGCCUUGAUCGGAAAUGGAAUGGUCAUAUUUAUAUUUGCCACGACGAAAUCUCUAAGGACGUCAAGCAACCUCCUGAUCCUAAACUUAGCAAUAUUUGAUUUUAUAAUGAUGGCGAAAGCUCCGAUCUUCAUUUACAAUAGUGCCAACCGUGGAUUCGCUACAGGCGUUCUCGGGUGUCAAAUAUUUGCCCUCGUAGGGUCAUACAGCGGUAUUGGUGCUGGUAUGACUAACGCUUGCAUCGCUUAUGACAGACAUUCAACGAUAACACGACCACUAGAUGGGCGACUAUCGCGUGGUAAAGCUUUGCUGAUGAUAGCUUGCGUAUGGAUUUAUGCUACGCCUUGGUCCUUACUACCACUGUUUAAAAUUUGGGGUCGGUUCGUACCAGAGGGUUAUUUAACGUCCUGCUCCUUCGACUACCUUACAAAUACUUUUGACACAAAACUAUUUGUAGCGUGCAUAUUUGUCUGCAGCUAUGUUUUCCCUAUGUGCUUCAUAUUAUAUUUCUACAGCGGCAUCGUCAAACAAGUGUUUGCGCACGAAGCAGCAUUAAGGGAGCAAGCGAAAAAAAUGAAUGUAGAAUCUCUACGGUCGAAUCAGAACGCAGCAGCCGAGUCAGCUGAAAUCAGAAUAGCGAAAGCGGCACUUUCGGUGUGCUUCCUCUACGUGGCUGCAUGGACACCAUACGGUGUGAUGGCGCUCAUAGGAGCUUUCGGCGACCAGAACUUACUGACUCCGGGUGUAACCAUGAUACCCGCGGUUACAUGCAAGGCUGUAGCGUGCAUCGACCCGUGGGUUUAUGCGAUCAGCCAUCCUAAAUACAGACAAGAACUUCAGCGACGUAUGCCCUGGCUUCAAAUCAAUGAGCCGGAUGACAAUGCGUCAACCGGGACAUCUAACACUACAAAUUCUUCGGCUCCUACAGCGUAACUGACAAUAAAGUUAAAACCUUGCGACUUUGAACGGACUACUGUAAUGAUAUUAUUAAAGCAAUUGAAAUGAAAAAUACAAAAAAAAUAUUACCUUAUAACUGACAAUGUUAGGUUAAAAAGUUUUUUUUUUAAUGUAAAGUAACUUUUUUACAGUUUAUCUUAUAUUUAAGCUCAAAAUUGAGAAUUAAAGGGAAAUCUAUAUGACGAAAAUGGCUACACUAACGGUUUUUGAUUAUAAAAAUAUACUAAAGUAUAUAUAUGUUAUGUAUAAUUAAA